AUGAAUGAGGAGUUAAUCCCACUGCAAAACAAUGAAGAUGAGGACAAUAAAGAAGAGAUUGGAGAAGUACUCAGUGACGCAGGGUGUAGCUCAGAGAGUUGGGACAUACUGCCUGCUUUGUGCUUGAGGCACGUGUUUGAGUUUCUUGAUGACCGGGAUCGCAGGAGUGCAGACCUGGUUUGUCACCGCUGGCACAAUGUCAUGCACUCUCCCUCCCUCUGGCGCUCCCACACCUUUCUCCUCAAUGUCCGGCCGUCCAAGCACAGGCAGUCUGAAUACCGCUCUGCUGUGGCCUAUGUCCAGCGUCGAGGAGUCUUCCUGGAGAGGUUGGCUGUGUUGUUGAAUCCUCCAUGCAGUUACUCGAUAGCCUGGAGACUGGUGAAAACAAUCAGGGCGCUAUUUCAUGAGCUUACCAGAGCAGGGGCGUCACUGAAGUCUGUCUGCCUCACAAACCUGGGGUUGGACCGGCCCUGCUGGUCGUUAGGGCUCAGAAACUCUAUAGUUUACUGCCUGAUUGAAUUCUUCUGCAGUCAAGGCUCAAGUCUUUCCUCCGUUGGUCUGAACGGGAUGAAACUUGGCAUGAAUCCGGGUCUGGCGCUGCUUUCCACCCUGGCACAGUCUCAGAAGCGCAUCAACCAAUGCUGCUACAUCUCUUCUUUGGACUUGAAGGGUUUCUUUUCUGGUGAAUUGCCAGUCUACCGUAACUCCAAAAUGCCCUUAACCCUGAGCUUCAUGACAGGCCUCACCCACCUGAGCCUGAGCUACUCCUGUCUGUCAGAUGAGCUCCUAGUGGCAUUGCAGCACAGAGCGCAAGGAAGGAGAAAUUUCGUCCCCUUGCAAACAUUUUCCCUGUGGUGUUCUUUGAAUGUGCCCCAUGAACAGGUGGUUUGCGGUGACUCCUGGGAAUCCCUGGCAUCGUGCUGCCCGGGCCUGAAAGUCAAGAUUACAGUCGACCAAAUCCUCAACAAUGACCGACUUGCAAGGAUUCUGCUGCCUGAGAUUCCCCUCGUUGAUUUCAGCAUGACAGCUUUCUACUCUGCCGACGAAGAAUGGAGCCCCAGGCGUCUCUUCCAUCGCAUGCUGCCUCAGUUCAGGCACAGUCUGAAGUAUCUGACCCUGCACCUGGCAAACUGCAGCGAAUUACUGGAUGACGAGCUGCUGAAGCUGGUUAAAUGUUGUGAUCUUCUGGAGCAGCUGAAAGUCUGGGCUUUCCUGGAAAUCAGGACUGUGCAGAAACUACUGAAAAUCAGGCUGUCAAAAAAGAGCUUACUCAACACGAUCAGAGUGAGUGUCUACUCAGUAGAAGAGGACCAUGAAGAGCAGCAAGCCCUGUUGGAGAAAGUAUUGUCUACCUACCGACAUCUCCCUCCUGAACUGGAUUUUUUUGCUACAGUCUAUCCGUAUGUGUAACUGCAGGUGUAUGUAGACAUGUUGUCACCAAAAUAUAAAAUAAAAAUAAACAUUAAA